GGCGAAUCAGUCGGAAGAGAAGGUGCUGUGAAACCUGCUGCAUGUGCUUGCAUCGAUUUUCAUGAAGAAAUAAACACCAACUUAACUAAUACGACCUGCUGCCUGGUUUUAAAGUAAAAAUGCCCAGCACUCGCUCACAGAAUCAGCCCACCCUCCAAUUCCCUAGGCGCAAAUCGUCCAGGUUGAUUUCUCGACCUAAAAGCUCUGCAGAGAAAACAUUGGACACCCAGGCCACCCCCCUCUCCCCAAGAAAGACUAAUGUGGUGGAUGCACGAAGCGUCUGUCUGUCUCCUAAUAACUCUGUGUUGAAAAACACUUCGCUGUCUGAGAGACUGCCUCUGAGCCCCCGCAAACGCACAGGUGAUGAGAAUGGAUGUAACCUCCCGAUCUCUUUGCUCGGCUCUCCGCCUAAACAGAGCUGUCCCCCUCUCUGCUCCCCUCGUAAACUUUCCUUCAGUGAGAACACGCCAGUCUUCUCCCCUCCGCGUCCCACUCAUCCACCGAAAGUUCCCCUGUCUCCUAUCUCCCGUCCAUUGCCCAAACAGCCUCAGGAGACCACCAGCCCACUCGCCCAGGCAGAGGGGAAGACCCCCGUUGCUCGGCUCUUUCCUUUAAAAAAGUUGGGCUAUCAGAAUAUAAAGCAGGCUCUUCACACCGCAGUGCCGGAGCGUCUUCUGUCUCGUGAGGCUGAGAGGGCUACCAUUGUCUCCUUCCUGGAGAACCACGUGGUGGCAGCAAAACCCUCCAGCCUCUACAUCUCUGGAGCGCCUGGCACAGGGAAGACGGCCUGUCUGAACUGUGUUCUCCAGGAGCAAGAGGCUCUGUUGAAAGGAGUCCAGACUGUGGUCAUCAAUUGUAUGAAUUUGCGUAGCUCUCACGCCAUCUUUCCCAUGCUGGGGGAGAGACUGGGUGCCCCCAAGGGCCACAGCGAGGCUCGACUGGCAAAACUGCUGAUAAAAUCAGGGCCUACUGUCCUGUUGGUACUCGAUGAGAUGGAUCAGUUAGACAGCAAGUCUCAGGAGGUUCUCUACACAAUCUUUGAGUGGCCUUAUCUACCCAACUCUCGUCUCUGUCUCAUUGGUAUUGCUAAUGCACUGGACCUGACAGACCGUAUUCUGCCCAGACUGCAGGCAAAACCGCACUGCAGACCCAAACUACUCCACUUUCCCCCCUACAGCCGAGAGGAGCUCAAUGCCAUAGUCCAAGACCGACUUGCACAAGUGUCAGGCGAAGGUGUUCUGGAUGCGGCAGCUGUUCAGUUCUGUGCAAGGAAAGUCUCGGCAGUGUCGGGAGAUGCACGCAAAGCGCUUGACAUCUGCAGGAGAGCGGUGGAGAUCGUGGAAGCGAGUGACCGGUCAAAAACGGCAUCUGAAUCUGCAGAAAGUCUUAAAGUGUCACGUGUGAGCGUUCCUCAGGUGGCGCAGGUUUUGUCUGAGGUGUACGGCGACCGCAUGUCAUCCAGCAAUGGAGGGGAUGGCGAGAGUUUCCCUCUGCAGCAGAAACUUCUAGUGUGCUGCCUCCUGCUGAUAAUUCGCAACGGCAAGAGCAAAGAGGUUCAGUUGGGCAAAUUGUGUGAAGUGCACAGUAAGUUGUGUAAACAGAGGCAAGUGGGUGGAGUUGGGCAGACGGAGUGUUUGUCUCUCUGCAGUCUGCUGGAGAGCAGAGGUAUCUUCACUCUCAAAAAGGCCAAGGAGGCUCGAUUGACUAAAAUCUUCCUGAAGAUUGAGGAGCGAGAUGUGGAGAAUGCUCUUAAAGAUCGAACUCUUCUUGGAAGCAUAUUAGCGGGUGGUCUGCCAUGAUAAAAUGUCUGUCAUCCAUUGUUCCACCUGACAUGUUCUAGGAAAGAUUUUACUACUAUUUUAUGAAUUACAUUUUUAAGUAUCUCAAACUUGUAAAUAUUUUUUUUGUUUUAUUGCUAAGCUAUGAGACUGUGUUUGAGAGAGAAUUUUAUCCAAAAGGGUUGAUGUCAUUUUAUUACAUUUGUGGCAAACAUUUUGCCAGCCUUUUUUUGGG